UAAAUGCCUGUCCGAAAUCAUUCGCAAAAUUUAAUACCAAGUUAUUUUUCUCGCAUUUGGAAAUUAGAUUUUCCCUGAAAGUAAUCACUUAAAAACUGGGAUAAACCCGAAUCAGCUUUUUUGGUGUCGUGUACCAAGGUUUUAAGUGGUUUUCAGCAGCUGAAAGAGCGAGCCCGUCGGCGGAUCGGUAAGUUCAGCCGGCAGACGCUGUUUUGUUGGGCAAAAUUUGCAGACGUGAGCGCUUGCAGCUGAAAUGACCAACGUGGAGAUCUACGAUUCCUCCAAUUCGCAGCUGAGUAGCGACGAGUAUAGCCACGAGGAGGAGGACUACGACGCCUUGAUGGAUGCGGCGGUAAGCAAGCAGCGACCCCAGAAGACAAAAUCCAUGGAAUCCGAGACCGAGAAACCCGGAAAUGGAGCUCCGGAGUCGGCGUCGGAGUCGGCCACUGAAAAAGAUGCAAAGCCGGAUGACGCGGCGGUGCCGCCUUCCACACGCUCAGAAACACUUCGCCGGAUCCGCCAAUUGCAGUUACAGCGGGGCAGGUUGCCAAAUCUCUACUUCAAGCGUCGCAGUAUUCGCUGGCUGCGUCCCAAUAAAAUGGAAUACAACAGCUAUUUUGACGGCCUGAAGGACUUGGUGGCCAAGCGCAAAUUGAAGCACCUGGUUCGCUUCAACGCCAGGCGGCGCAGGACCUACGAUAGCAGGAGCCCCAGUCGUAGUCGCAGCCACAGCCGCAGCUUUAGCCGUAGUCGUAGUCGCAGUCGCAGCUAUUCUCGUAGCCGCAGCGGCAGUGGUUCGCCGGAACUCAUUUGUCUUGAUGACACAGAGAACGAGGAAUCGCCUGAGAAACCAGAGCCGCAGGCCAAGGUUACGCCCAUCAAGGAAAAUAUGUCACGUGUUCCUGCACCGCCCCAACUGAACUACGAGUUGACAGAGAGGAAAAAGCCAAACGCUCUUGGAAGCAACGAAAACGGUGCCUCUAUCCUCGACGAGUUCUUGGUAAAGAAGGAUCCUCAGCAACCGGGAUUCGACUACGAAAAGCUCUCCGCGUGCCUGGAAUUGGAAAAGGCUCUAAAGGAUCAAUCGCAAGGUGGUCCACAUGUGGCAGAGUCGCUGGUGCUUGAUGCCACUCUUAAGAGACGCCGUUCGGUAACACCGCCUGCAAUCGACGAGAAGCGCAAUAAUGUAGAAGUUGAGGAUGAUGAGAUAAUUGAGUUUUUACCGGUACAGCAACGAAAACCAAUAGAGGCACCACCACCAUUAAAUCUUCAAAUGCCCAGCACUCCAACGGCUAAUCCUCUUCAGCGUCAGCCAGCUUUUAAGCUGAGCACACCGUAUUCUCUGGCACCGCCGUCUGCCGCUAAGCAAUCUGAAAAUUCGACUCCCGAAUCUUACAGUUUAAAUACUCCUACGCCAACGGCUACCCCCAUAGAGAUAUCGUAUCCCAACGAAAAGCUGGCAAAUAACAAUAGAGGUAAUGCGCAGACUUUCUCAAUUCAACAGGCAACUUUACCCCAAGUCGCUGCAUCAUACGCUGCUGCACCACAAGUGGCUGCCCUCGCGCAGAGAUCUCCAGCUCAGGCUGCUCCACUACUUCAAGCCCCGGUGCAACAGAUGCAUUUCCCAAGAACAGCUCCACCACAGCACCUUCCUGCAGCCAAACCUCCACAACAGCAACUGCAUUCAGUGUCAUGCGCUCCACCACAGCACCUAGCUCGACCGAGAUUAGCCUCACCACAUCAACUGGUUCCGCUAAAAGCAGUCCCACCACAGCAUCUAGCUCAACCGCCGCAGCAGCUAUGUGCGCCAAGAUCAGUUCCACCACAGCAGCUAGGUACACCGAGAUCAGCUCCGCCACAGCAGGUAGCUCCACCACAGCAACCAGUUUCAUCAAGACAAACUUCGGUACAGCCGUUAACCCCACAAAGGGAAGCUGCUCCACAUCAGAUUGCCCCACCACAGCAGGUCCACCAAACGCUAUCUCAACCGUAUACUGCUCCAAUUGUUGCUCCCAACUUUGCGGUGCCCCAGCAGCCGCAACCCCGUCGAUCGGAUACGGUGUCUACUCAGACGCAGGGUUUGCAGACACCAGCGUCUGCUUCUUCAACAACCCGCCAAAAGUCGUCCAUUGAUCUCAACAACAGUGAUGCCAACUUCCAUUAUCGCAUCAAAGAACUUUUUGAAGAAUUUAACACGAUAAUGAUAGAUAAAAUUGACUCGGUGUGCCCUGAAAAUGAUUCAUUGAGAAAAGAGCGCGAACGCAUCGAUGCGGAUCUUGUCACCCUAGAUAAACUGAUAGCCCAGAAAGAGGAGGAAUACAACCGACUGUUGCACCUGCGAUGCGUUAAGAAGGAGCUGCAUGAUCGACUGCAGCGAAAGGAGCGCAUGACGCUUAUUAGGGAUCUACUGCCCGUCCUUCUCAACAAGAGCUGCAGCGCAGAUGAGCUGCGCGAGAUGCAGGCAAUGCUAGAAGAGGAACAGGAUGCUCCGAUGGCCUCCAAACAAGGUCUGUCGGCAGUGGAAAAAUGUCUGAAUUUUGCCGAGUACAACCAGAACAACAUACGCCUUCUGCGCGGUAUUAUGGGCUUAAAGGAACGCGCCCCGCCCGUCAAUCCGCGCUAUUUCGAAGAGGACCAAAUGCUUUUUCGAAGAGAUUCCAUGCCCGCAAGUCAUCAAUCAAUGCGCGAUCAGCGUUACGAUUCUCGGGAUGUAGUAAAUGACCAUCAGCCAGAACGAAAUCCAAAUAGAGCUCCGCUAGCCAAGCGACCAAAAUUAAUGCACCCGCAAGACAGGAACCAGGAGAUGUUGAGCUCCUCGGCAAAUUUGUCUGCCACUCUUUCAGAAUCGCUCAACAAGAUUAAGGCAUUGAAAAAAAGUUCCCGUUUUAGUAACCUCUCAUUGGACAAUAAUUUGGAUAAUGAAUCACUGAUCGAACCACUGUUUAACAGCAGUCCGAUGGUCUCUCAUCGCCAACUGGCCAAUAGACAGCACUACCAAGAAUUACAUUCCGCUAAUAGCAUCGACCAAGAGAAGGCCGAAAAGAAGCACAGGUCUCACAAGAACAAGCCGCAUAAGAGUACCCAUAGGUCUCAUCGUGAUUCUUCCACUUCCGCCACUACCAACGGCAAAACAGGAAGACACUGCCACGAGUGCAAGCUGUAUGAAGCUACCUACAUGUGCUCUAACUGCCAGAAUCAAUGGUACUGCAGUCGUGAAUGCCAGCUGCGAGGUUGGGACUCCCAUUACCGCACUUGUGGCAUUUAAGUAAACUACCCCUAGGAUAUCAGCAUUACUAAUUUUUAUAAACUAUAACUAUCGCAUAUGCGCUACUAUAUUUACUCAACCACGUAACUCACUGAAGGAUACAGGACAAUGACGGAAGAUUUUCAAUUGCGUAUUAUAGAAUUAAUUUCGUGUACUUGUAUUCAAUAACCGGUCGUCCUUAAGAUUACUUUGAACAAAUAAUUUAAUUUGUUUAAUUUAUGUAUAGGAUGAGCGGUGAAUUGGUACAAAUACAUUAAUUCAAUGAAACGUAAUUAAAAUGUAAUAUGCCUAGUUUGUUUAAGUUAAUAGGGUUACAUAUACACAAUAAUAAUAUUUCCUUCAUAAAUGUGCAACUAAAA